AUGGAUCAAAUGCUGCCAAGUCCUUACAAUAUACCGGGGAUAGGCACCCCACUCCAUCAACCAGAAGAAGAUCAACAAAUCUUGCCUAAUGCUAUGCAACAACAACAUCAGCAGCAACAACAACAACAACAGCAGCAACAACAUUCUCUGGUGUCCUUGGGUUCGUCACCUCUGGUUGGUUUUGGCGCUUCUAUUAUGGGUACUCCACAGAGGACGAUGCACACAUAUGCGCCUACAGCAAGCUAUGCUACCCCACAGCAAAUGAUGCAGCCACAAACUCCACAAAAUUUAAUGUCACCAAUGAUAACCGGGGGAAACAUAGCUGGUUCACAAAUGUUAAGUCAGGCCAGCCCAGCCCCUAUGACACCUAUGACUCCACACUCUGCAGAUCCUGGAAUACUGCCCCAAUUACAGAAUAUUGUAUCAACAGUGAAUCUUAAUUGUAAGCUGGAUUUAAAGAAAAUAGCUCUCCAUGCUCGUAAUGCUGAAUACAAUCCAAAACGAUUUGCAGCAGUUAUCAUGAGAAUAAGAGAACCUAGGACUACAGCCCUUAUUUUUUCGUCUGGUAAAAUGGUUUGUACAGGAGCCAAAAGUGAAGAAGAUUCAAGGUUAGCUGCUAGAAAAUAUGCCAGAAUUAUUCAAAAACUUGGAUUUACUGCAAAAUUUUUAGAUUUUAAAAUACAAAACAUGGUUGGCAGUUGUGAUGUUAAGUUUCCCAUUCGCCUUGAAGGUUUAGUACUCACUCAUGGUCAAUUUAGCUCUUAUGAACCUGAACUUUUUCCUGGACUUAUUUAUCGAAUGGUUAAACCCAGAAUAGUGUUACUUAUUUUUGUUUCUGGGAAAGUAGUACUGACUGGUGCCAAAGUGCGUCAAGAAAUCUAUGAAGCAUUUGAUAAUAUAUAUCCUAUCCUUAAGAGUUUCAAAAAGCAA